UUCUUCCCUUAUUCAUCUCACCAGCAUAUAAACCACCAACUACAAACCUAGGGUAUAAAAGCCCCAAAUUACUCUCCCUCCUCUCGUCUCUCUCUCGAAUCUCUCCCAGAGCUCGCAACUAUCCUUAAGAAGAAGAAUGGCUACUUUUGAGCUUUACAGGAGGUCAACAAUCGGUAUGUGUUUGACUGAAACAUUGGAUGAGAUGGUUGAUAAUGGAGUCCUUAGUCCUGAGCUCGCAAUUCAAGUCCUUGUUCAGUUUGAUAAGUCAAUGACUGAAGCUCUGGAUAGCCAAGUUAAAAGCAAGGUGACUAUCAAGGGACAUCUCCACACCUACAGGUUCUGCGACAAUGUCUGGACUUUCAUCCUACAAGAUGCAACCUUUAAGAACGAGGACUCCUCAGAGACAGUUGGUCGUGUUAAGAUAGUGUCGUGCGACUCGAAGCUGCUCACACAGUGAGAUGUCUGCUUAUCACUGAGACCCCAGGUCGGGUUGUACUCUCUAUCUGUAUCCAGCUCUUGCCGGGGGAUCAAAGAUGAGUGAGCGAGACUUGUAGUGAAAAAGAUGAAAUUCUUGAUUCUAAACAAGACAUAAGACACAAAAACAACCGUUGUACUUGUUUGAGCCUUUGAGGUUCUAUUGUACCAUAAAAAUUUAUAGUCUACAGAAUUUUUUAUCGAUAGGGAUUUAUAUAUUUACCCCUUGGUUCUGCAA